AUGGCAGGGGAUCCCCGGCCCUCGCCAAGAGUUGAAGCCUUCGAAAUAUCAGCGCCGCCGGAAAACACAGAGAACGGAGGCUGCCUGGGACGCAACAAACAUUUUUGGGAGUGCGACGGCGCGGCGGACGGUGUGUUGGUGCGGCGCUGGGACAGGGGUGCAGCCCGCGCCCGACUUGCGAAGAUGGCUGUCGGCGUGGUGGUGAUGCUGGUGGUGACGCUCGUCGUUGUCAUCACCACGAUCUUUCUCCUGCUUGAAAAGAAACCGGGCCUUCGAUUAGAGCCGGACUUGGGCGAGGAGGAGCUCGUGUGGUUCCGCUCUGCCGACGACCUGGGGAGAGUGACCGCCGCCCUCACGACUUUCCUCAGAGCCUAUGAUGACCAAGUGAACUCGGGAGCCAACAUGAAGGAUUGUGCUCCUUAUGCUCCUCCGCUUGAGGGCGAAACUUGCUUCUUCAAGACCAACCUCCUCGGGAGAAGCUGUCAAAGGGAAAACAGCUGGGGAUACGACAAGGGGAGUCCCUGCGUCAUGAUCACGUUUGACAAGGAGGUAUCUGCAGGCUGGGUACCCGAUGUCUACACGGACCUGGAUGAGCUGCCUCCCGAGAUGCCCUUGGAGUUGCGGAUUUAUAUCACCAACGUCACUAGGGACAAUCGAGGACUUAUUCCCGAGAUGGUGUGGGUGUCGUGCGCGCCCGAGGACCCCAGCGACCAAGCGCACCUCGGUACCGUCGAGUACAGUCCCUGGCGAGGGUUCCCCAAGUACUACUUCCCCAUCCGGAGCGAGCCCGCCUACCUGGCCCCCAUCGUCGCGGUGCAGUUCCUAAGGCCAGCGACUCGAAGACCCAUGGCUGUGGAAUGCCGCGCUUGGUCGAAGAACAUGGUCUACAGCCUCGCGGAGGGAUACGGGGUAGUGCGUUUCCACCUAACCCUGGACUGAUGGCUGGCAAGAAAGACCGUGAUAUUAUGUGCAAAGGGAAAUGUGCAACCGGCGCUAGUGGACGUUUCUGUUGAUAAUGAGUUUUUUUGCAAUAUUUUUAAUUUCGGGGUGGGAGAGAAUCCAAUGGUUGCUGGCCACAUUCUGUUAAGUACUCUAACACAAGUCAUAUCAUUCAUUAUGUCGACACAGUGGUGUACUUGGUAUUUAAUGGCAGUUAGAGCAUUUCAUCGUCAUUCAAUAUGCUAGGAGCGUUACUUACCUGUAUCAUAGUCACCGUCCAUUUAUAUCAUUCUCUCAAAAGGGGAAUCCUCUUUCCAAUGCAUUAUACGUCAGUCCUAAACACUUUCAUCUCAGGGAUCGGGUAUUUAUUAGGCGGUAUGGAGAUUAGUCUUGGUAUAGAGGAAUGGGUAUUGAAAUGAGGAGCCAUCUGGCAACAGGAGAACCAGAAGUCUGUCUGUAAUGUAUGCUAUAUUCUUUCUGCCUGCAAGAUUCGAAAGACGAUCAUAUUCAACUGUUAUUCAAUAAAAGUGAAAAGUACUUUGAUCAAUAAGUAGAUGAAGUCUUUCUACACUGCGAAGUAACUAUGUUGUCCUGCCUUAUUUCCAGUCUUUCCUGUUAGUAUAACCUCUUGUUUUAUUUAACAUUCUUACAGGAUUCCCUCCCCGUCGGUGUUACAUCAUCUCAUUUAUGUAUAUAUAAAUAGUGUAAACAUUCAUUAUGUUGUGUGUGACGUCCUUCUAAUUAACACAGAAGGACUGUUGACUGUGAUUGACUUUAAAGUGUGCCUUGGUGUCAGCUUGUUGUAAUAGGGUGAGACUAUGAACUCAGGAACUAAUGAACUGCGUGAAAAACAAUAUCCAGCUUUUGGUAACUUGUGUAUAUAUGUUAAAUAAGUGAAGUACUGUACACUAACGAUUUAGGUCAUCAUCGCAUACAAGUUUGUUUUGUUAUUUUACCGUGUGUUGUCAUAGUUCAUGUAUCAUUAUCAAACGUGUAUUAUACAUUACAGGUUGUCUUUAGUUUGA